CACUACUAGUCUGGCCUAGCCUAGCUCCUCCUGAUCAGCAGCGCGGAGACUGAUCAGUGCACAUAAACGAAAUCAGUAUCGGUCCCGGUUCUGCUGCUGCUGCGCGGUGCAGAGAUCUGAGCGCGAGAACCGGAGCUCGAGCAGCGGGGUCUGUUUACUCCCGCAGAUUCUGAUCGGUUCUGCUGAGUCACACCGCGGAUCAAUAAUCCCGGAGCAGCGGAAAUACAGACUGACCGGGGAAAGGUGUGUAGGAGAUGGCGGGACGCAGGGUGGAGUGUACGUGGAAGAGACACGUUGUGGAGCAGCUAAAGCUGAGGGACCGAGUGCAGCGGCAGGCGUUUGAGGAGCUCAUACACCAGUAUAACAGGUUGCUGGAGAAGUCUGAUCUGCAGGGAGUUCUGUCAGAGAGGCUGCAGACUGAGAAGUAUGAGCUGCAGAACAGACAUGACCUCAGCCCAGGCGCUGAGUCUCUGCAGCAGGAAAUGGCUCAGAUCCGAAUUCGGCACCAGGAGGAACUCACAGAGCUCCACAAGAAGCGUGGAGAGUUGGCCCAAAGUGUGAUUGAACUAAAUUAUCAGAUUCAGCAGAAGGACAAAGAAAUCCAGAGCAAUGAGGCCAAGAUGUUGGAGUAUCAGCAGCAGAUCUCUCAGCUAGAGGGGGAAUGUCGUGAUUUGCGGAACUCUCUAGCGGAUUUGGAGCGAGCCAAUCAGACUCUGCGCGAUGAAUACGAUGCUCUGCAGAUCACGUUCAGCGCUCUGGAGGAAAAACUGAGGAAAACCACAGAGGAUAAUCAGGAGCUGGUGACCCGCUGGAUGGCAGAAAAAGCUCAGGAGGCCAACAGACUCAAUGCUGAGAACGAGAAGGACUGCAGGCGCAGACAAGCUAAAUUGCAGAAGGAUCUGGCAGAUGCUGCCAAAGAGCCACUGCCUAUUGACCCGGAAGAUGACAUCGAGGUCCUUUCUUCAGAGGACUCUGCAAAAGCACCAGGAGAGACGUCUCCAAGCAGACUGCCCAGCCGAGCACUUAGUAAACGUCUGUCUCAACCUCCCCCUGCUGGACUGCUGGACUCCAUCUCCAACAUCUUCGGAAGGCGUCGCUCGCUGAAUUCUCAUGGGACGUCUCCAGAUAGUUCGGAUGUUCCGUCUGGAGUGUGUGCGGAGGUCCGAGUGCCAUCCACUGCGCUGCACACCUUCGAUGCACACGACGGCGAGGUUAACGCAGUGAGGUUCAGUCCUGGAUCCCGUCUCCUAGCAACAGGAGGGAUGGACCGUCGGGUGAAGCUGUGGGAGGUGGUAGCAGGUCGAUGUGAACCUAAGGGGGCACUGACGGGCAGUAACGCUGGAAUCACCAGUAUUGAGUUUGACAGCGCUGGCUCAUAUCUUCUGGCUGCAUCCAACGACUUCGCCAGCAGAAUCUGGACUGUAGACGACUACAGGCUGAGGCACACACUGACCGGCCACAGCGGGAAGGUUCUGUCUGCACGGUUUCUGCUGGAUAACGCUCGCAUCGUCUCCGGCAGCUAUGACCGGACACUCAAACUCUGGGAUCUGCGCAGCAAAGUCUGUAUGAAGACGGUGUUUGCGGGCUCCAGCUGUAACGACAUUGUGUGCACGGAGCAGUGCGUGAUGAGCGGACACUUCGAUAAGAAGGUUCGAUUCUGGGAUAUCCGGGCUGAGAGUAUAGUGUGUGAGUUGGAGCUGUUGGGUCGUGUUACGUCUUUAGACCUGAAUCACGAUCGAACAGAACUGCUCACCUGUUCCCGUGACGACCUGGUAAAAAUUAUUGACCUACGCAACAACUCUGUGCGGCAGACCUUCAGUGCUCAGGGCUUCAAGUGUGGCUCUGACUUCACCCGAGUUACCUUUAGUCCUGAUGGGGGUUAUGUAGCUGCGGGUUCUGCAGAUGGUGUUCUGUACGUGUGGAACGUUCUCACAGGGAAACUCGACAAAACCCUGGAUAAGAAUCACAGCUCUGCUAUUAACUCUGUGUCCUGGUCUCCGUCGGGAACCUACGUGGUCAGUGUGGAGAAGGGCAGCAAGGCGGUGCUUUGGUCUGACCUGUGAUUGGUCUGCCUCCUCCCUGGCGCGAUGUGAUUGGACAAGGUGACGAAAGACGUCGCACUUUCUUCUCUGGCACUUGGACUGGAUUUACUAUGAAGGGGCGGAGCUUGAAUCCUCUGGUUCUGAGAGACCGAACACUUUAACUGCAUUCAUAUCAGCACUCCUGUAUACACCUGCACACACACACACACACACACACACACACACACUAUAUAUAUAUACACACACACACUGUCGCACAAACGCUCUCACUCACACACCUAUCAGGAGAGACACGUGUGACAGUCUGACAUCUGCUUUCCAAAAGAUUUAAAGGAGUUGUUAGUAUAACCACUGCUUGACAAUGCCAUGAGUGUGUGUGUACGUUUGUGAUUGCAUGUGUGUGUGUGUGUGUGUGUGUGUGUGUGUGUGUGUGUUUGCUUUUUGUUCUUCUUGCCUUACAUAUUAAACUGCUCAUGAAGUCUAUGCUGUGUGUGUGUGUGUGUGUGGGUUUGCCUGCAAUAUCUGAGUCUACCACUAGAGUGUGCUGCUAUACAGAAUUUCGGUGCAGCUCCUGCUCUCUGCUGAUUGGGCGAGUUGGUCUCUGUGGCUCUUAAAGGGAAUUUCCACCCGCUUAUCGUUUCUGUUCUGCAUUAUUCAGGGUUUAAAGUUUUAGAAAAUGGUUAUGGAUGCACAGGUUGGUUUAGGUGAUCUGAUCUCUUAGCCUUAUUACACCAGGGCUGUGUACUGACGAUACUGAUCACGAAACAGUAUACCACGAUAUACUGCAAUACUGUAAACACAGUGAGAAACUGAGAUUGUUUAAAUCAAAUUUCAUAAAAGUACAAAUAUUCUAUCCUAUUUAUAAAUUCUGAAUAAGAAAGUUUGCUCUGAAUUCAGUAAAAACGUUACAACACUGCUAUCCAGGGGGCGGGGUUUAAACACAACACUAAAUUAACCACUUCUGACACCAAUCUUUACAUGUGGCCUAGUAUAACUUAAUAGUUUGUAUUAAAAAGAAUAUUGUGUUUUUAUAAAUCGAUACAGUAAUGUAGAACAAAAUAUCACUUAAACCACUGACUAACCCAUCAGCUGAUAAAGAGUGAGUUUCUGCUACACAUAUUAAUAACUACACAUUAAAUAAUAACAAUGCUGUAUUAAUGAAAUAUUGUAAUGUUAAAUCAAAUACGAUGGUUAAAAAAUAAACAUUCCAGAAAAUCCAGCUUGUGAUAAAAACCGUUAACAAAAAUAAAAUUAAACAUGGUGUAGGUAGCGCUGCCCUCAGUGCUGCAGUAUUUAAACUACAACUACCGCAGUAUUACAUUAAUACAAAAAUGAUAAAUAAUAUAAACUGCUGUUUGUUUAUUGGUUGUUUGUUGGUAUGAUGUUUAAUCUAUAGCGCUUGUGCUUCUCUGAAUAUGAUGGAAAUCCAGACUGGAUUUCUCAGUUUAGCUGCAUAGUUUAGGCCCAGAUUGGCGACUAUCCAGUAGGACUGUACUCUUAUAAAUAUACAUAUAUGUGCUCAGUUCACCUUGUAGCAUCAAGGCAUUGCCAAGGUUAUCUGUAUUGUUGUACUGGUGAAUGUAGAACAUUGCUGAAAGAUGGUGGACUUUCCCUUUAAGUACACAUCAAUGACAUUUUUACAAAUUUGUCAAAUCCUUCCAAUAAGUGUUUAAUUCAAAUAUAAAUACUAAGUAAAAAAAAUGAAGUUAAUAAGCAUUGUAAAGAGCAAUUCACAUUUUUAUUUCAAAAUCAAUUUUAUUUUAUAAUGAAUGGACCAAUAGAAAUGCUCCAAAAUGACUUUAAAUUGACUUGCAUUGAAAGUGAAGUAGGACACACACACACACUACACACUUAUACUUACUGUCUCAGCUUGUUAGAGACUCAGCUUGUUAUGUAGCCUCACAGAGGUUUAAGCUGCCCUCAUGUUUUGUAGAUAAUAAAGAGGUGGGUGUGGCUUUAAAUUGAUUGACAGCAGAAUGAGCCAGUCAGUGCUGCACAGGUUAAUCCCCCUUUUACAUUGUGCAGACCCAGCGUUAACCCACACACACUCACACACACACACUGUGUCUCAUUGGUUCUGCUGCAUCAUGUGAGUAAGGCUUGAGUUCAGCACCAUACCAGAAGCAUUGUGGGUCUGGCUAAAGUUGACCGCUGUAUUUCAUAGGCUAAAGCUGUGUAUAAGUUAUGAUGAACUGAUAGAUGUAAAUGAACUGUGUGUGUAUGUUUGAGAAAUGUUUACACGCCAACAAACGUCUGACUCA